AUGAAAUUAACAUUAACACCAUCGAAAAAAGCAAAUGAAAUAAAUACAACAUCAGAUAAUGAUGUUCGAAUACAUGAAGGUGCAUCUUAUCAAGCGAAUAUUCCUCUGCUUAAUUCAAUAUCAUUAUCAACAGAUCAUGAUGCUAUUCUUUUUUGGAAACCAAGCGAUUUAAUAACUGAACAUGAUCUUAUUGAAUAUAUUGAUUAUGCUCGACGAAAACAUCGAAUGAAUGAAGAACAAGCAUUAGCAAUUUUACAAAUAUGUAAAUAUAAAAUAGCAACAAGUAAAUUAUUAAUGGAACAAUAUACACCUGAAAUCGAUGAAUGGACAGUUGAAGAAAAAUUUUUAUUUGAACAAGCAUAUAAAUUUUAUGGUAAAACAUUUUCACGUAUUAAACAAAUGUUACCAGAAAAAACUAUUGCUGAACUUGUUCGAUAUUAUUAUUCAUGGAAAAAAACACGAUUAUAUAAAAGUCUUAUGGAUAAACAUGAAAAACAAUGUCAAUUAAUGCCCUAUGAUGAAGAUAAUGGAAGUGAUGAUGAUGAUGAUGAAGAAAAAAAUACAACAUCUAUAUCUUUACCUACAAAAGAUUUAGAUCAUCAUCGAUCACAAACAAAAAUUGAUCAAAGUAAUAGUGACGAACAAGAAUGUUAUAAUUGUGAAAUCUUAUGUGAAACGAUGCAUCCAACUCCAAAAGGUAUACUUUGUGAUGAAUGUUUUAUUUAUUGGCAAAAUUCUGGUUUAAUGAGACCGGAAUUAUAUCGAACGAAAUCAGCAAUUAAAAAAAUUAAACGACCACCGAAAAAUAUGUCGGUUGAUAUAAAUGAUUUAACAUCGAAUGAAUCAUCUAUGGAUCCUAUUGAUAGAUUAGAAGAAGAUAUACGAAAUGAAUUAUCAAUAAUUCAAUCACAUAAUCAAACAAUUGAACUUUUAACAAAUCAAUCACGGGAUGGUAUGGAUAAUAUGCAUAUUCCAUUUCUUUGUAAUAAUAUAAAUACAAUUGAAACAACAACAUCAACAUGGUCAAUAGAAGAAAUUCUUUUGGCUAUACAAGCAUUUGCAAAAUAUGGAAAAGAUUUUCAUACUGUAUCACGUAUAAUUGGUUCAACAAAAAAUGUUCAUGAUGUUGAAACAUUUUUUGUUGAAUGUCGAGAACGAUAUCAACUUGAUAUGGUUAUAGAUAUAAAAUCUAAACCAAUAACAAAUGUACAAAAAAAAGUAGAUGAAAUUGUUUUUGUUAACUAA